AUUUUAUUUUAUUAAUGCGUCAUAGGUCGUUUGUUUACUUUUUAUGAAUUUAUUUUGUUUUUUUUCCAUAAAUAAAAAGAUAAUAAAGAUAAAAUCGCAUUCAACAGAACGGUUAUGUUAAUUUUAUAAAGGAUUUGAUUUACUAUUAUGGUAUUGACUAACGUGACUAAAAUGCUAUCAUCUGCAAGGCUAUUUGUACGUAAGGAAUGCCAGACAGUUUAUAAAAUUUCUGUAUCUCUAAGAAUGGCAUCAUCUGCAGUGCGCAUUGAAUCAGAUACUAUGGGAAGUAUAGAAGUUCCAAAAGAUAAGUAUUAUGGUGCACAAACUGCUAGAUCUGUUGUAAACUUUCCCAUUGGAGAUGAAACUGAGCGAAUGCCAACACCUAUAAUUAAAGCAUUUGGUAUUUUGAAAAAAGCUGCAAGUGAUGUUAACAUUGAAUUUGGUCUUGACAAAAAUAUUGCAAUGCAUAUUUCUAAAGCAUGUGACGAGAUUAUCAAUGGUUCAUUGAAAGAUCAUUUUCCUCUUGUCAUUUGGCAAACUGGUUCUGGUACACAAAGUAACAUGAAUGUUAACGAAGUUAUUAGUAAUAGAGCUAAUGAAAUGUUAGGACAACCUCUUGGAACCAAGUCCCCUGUGCAUCCAAAUGACCAUGUUAAUAAAAGUCAGAGUUCUAAUGAUACUUUCCCAACUGCCAUGCAUAUAGCAUGUGGUCAAGUAGUAAAUGAUGUUUUACUUCCCGGUUUACGCAAACUCUACCUCUCGUUGAAUAACAAAUCAAAAGAAUUUCAUGAUAUUGUCAAAAUUGGACGAACCCAUACACAGGAUGCUACUCCUCUCACACUUGGUCAGGAAUUUAGUGGAUAUGCAACCCAGAUAGAGUAUGGAAUUCUGCGUAUUGAAGCAGCUUUACCUCGCAUAUAUCAGUUAGCAAUAGGUGGUACAGCUGUAGGAACAGGUUUGAAUACAAGAAUUGGUUUUGCUGAAAAAAUGUCUGCAAGAAUUUCAGAGUUAACAUCACUCCCAUUUGUUAGUGCUCCAAACAAAUUUGAAGGGUUAGCUGCCCAUGAUGCAUUGGUUGAACUACAUGGUGCAUUAAACACUGUCGCAUGUAGCAUUAUGAAGAUUGCAAACGAUAUUCGUUUUCUGGGUUCUGGUCCCAGAUGCGGUUUAGGAGAACUUUCUUUACCUGAAAAUGAACCAGGAAGCAGUAUUAUGCCAGGUAAAGUUAACCCUACUCAAUGUGAAGCCAUUACCAUGGUUGCGGCUCAGGUGAUGGGAAAUCAAGUUGCGGUAAGCGUUGGCGGUAGUAACGGACAUUUUGAGUUGAAUGUUUUUAAACCAAUGAUGGUAAAAAAUGUUUUGCAAUCAGCUCGUUUACUUGGUGAUGCAUCUGUUGCGUUUGCUGAUAAUUGCGUUAAUGGUAUAAAAGCUAAUCGUGAAAGGAUUAAUAAGCUACUUCAUGAAUCUUUAAUGUUAGUCACAGCUUUAAAUCCUUAUAUAGGUUAUGAUAAAGCUGCAAAAAUUGCUAAAAAUGCACACGCUAAUGGAUUGACCCUGAAACAAUCAGCGAUUGAGUUAGGAUAUCUAACUUCAGAGCAGUUUGAUGAAUGGGUCAAGCCUGAAAAUAUGCUGGGUCCCAAAUAGUUUUGUAUUAGGUUAAUGAAUAUUGAACAAUAAUUUUGAAAUA